UGUUGGGCGGCGGGGCCGGAGGGGCCGCGAGGCCGAGCGGAGCCGAGCCCCGCCCCCUAGCCAGCACCUACGGACGCCGGGUCCCACGUGACAGUCCCCUCCUCCUUCCCCAGUCGCGCGCACGGGCCGGGCGUCUCGGUCCCGCGCGCGCUCGUGGUCCGAGAGCCCGGGAGCAAAGCGAAGCGAAGGAGGGAGCGGCGGAGCGCGGGCCGUCAGAGCCCUGUGCCCGCGCGGAGGUGAUGAAGCUGGCCGCGCGCUGACACCGCCGCACCCAGCCGCCGGGAAGAAGGCGCCUCGGGCCGCGACCUUCAGGAGAAGGGAGGACUGAUAAUUCCUGUAUCUAAGAGUGGACCACGUGUGUGGUGACAUGGCCCAGGGGAAUAAUUAUGGGCAGACCAGCAAUGGGGUGGCAGAUGAAUCACCCAACAUGCUGGUGUACAGAAAGAUGGAAGACGUCAUAGCACGCAUGCAAGAUGAAAAAAAUGGAAUUCCUAUUCGUACCGUCAAAAGCUUUCUUUCCAAGAUACCUAGUGUCUUCUCUGGGUCAGACAUUGUUCAAUGGUUAAUAAAGAACUUAACCAUAGAAGAUCCAGUGGAGGCACUCCAUUUGGGAACACUAAUGGCUGCCCACGGCUACUUCUUUCCAAUCUCGGAUCAUGUCCUCACACUCAAGGAUGAUGGCACCUUUUACCGGUUCCAAACACCCUAUUUUUGGCCAUCAAAUUGUUGGGAGCCAGAAAACACAGACUAUGCGGUUUACCUCUGCAAAAGAACAAUGCAAAACAAAGCAAGGCUGGAGCUAGCCGACUAUGAAGCUGAGAGCUUGGCCAGGCUGCAGAGGGCAUUUGCUCGGAAGUGGGAGUUCAUUUUUAUGCAAGCAGAAGCACAAGCAAAAGUGGACAAGAAGAGAGACAAGAUUGAAAGAAAGAUCCUUGAUAGUCAGGAGAGAGCAUUCUGGGACGUACACAGACCCGUGCCUGGAUGUGUAAAUACCACUGAAGUGGACAUUAAGAAGUCAUCCAGAAUGAGAAAUCCACACAAAACACGAAAGUCUGUCUAUGGUCUUCAAAAUGAUAUUAGAAGUCACAGUCCUACCCACACACCCACACCAGAAACUAAACCUCCAACAGAAGAUGAGUUACAACAACAGAUAAAGUAUUGGCAAAUACAGUUAGAUAGACAUCGGUUAAAAAUGUCAAAAGUUGCUGAUAGUCUGCUAAGUUACACGGAACAGUAUGUAGAAUAUGACCCGUUUCUUGUGCCACCUGACCCUUCUAACCCAUGGUUGUCUGAUGAUACUACCUUCUGGGAACUUGAAGCAAGCAAAGAACCAAGCCAGCAGAGGGUAAAACGAUGGGGUUUUGGCAUGGAUGAAGCAUUGAAAGAUCCAGUUGGGAGAGAACAGUUCCUUAAAUUUCUAGAGUCAGAAUUCAGCUCAGAAAACCUAAGAUUCUGGCUAGCAGUGGAGGACCUGAAGAAAAGGCCUAUUAGAGAAGUCCCCUCUCGAGUUCAGGAAAUAUGGCAAGAAUUUCUGGCUCCAGGAGCCCCCAGUGCUAUUAACUUGGAUUCUAAGAGCUAUGACAAAACCACACAGAAUGUGAAGGAGCCCGGGCGAUACACAUUCGAAGAUGCUCAGGAGCACAUUUACAAACUGAUGAAAAGUGAUUCAUACCCACGUUUUAUAAGAUCCAGUGCCUAUCAAGAGCUGCUACAGGCAAAGAAAAAGGGCAGAAACAUCCCUAUUUUCCCAUGCCAUAAAAACUGUACACCAACACUGAGGGCCAGCACUAACCUGUUAUGAAAAGAGGGGAAAUCUCUCACGUCAAAGAGGUUAACAAGCCUCGUUCAGUCUUAUUAAAAGGAUCAUCUUGUAGCAUGAAAGUGAACUGGAGUCAUUGCAUAUACUUUGUAGUUCUUUGUUGUUACCUGCAGCAGAGGACAUUAGACCAAGAUGUUGCAUGAGCAAAGGACCUGAAUUGUUCUUUCUUUGUGUACAUUAAGGCACUGCCAUCUCCAAGGGACUCUACCAUCUCGAUGCCUCCAUUUCAAAAUGUCUGCUAACUUCCUCCUUGUACUAAGCUGGAUCUGUGUCUUUUCCUUUUUUAACGAUUCAAGUGAAGUAAAUCUUUUUCCCCCCUUUCUCUCUAUCUUAAAGCUUCUUCUAGCCACACAGUUCACUAAAAAUUCAGUCACAAACUGGAAGAACUGUAAAAGGAAAAAAAGGAUAUAUCAAUAAGUGUACAUACAGCUUCACAUUUAUUAAAUAAAUUAGCACAGAAAGUUUCAUUUCACCAAUAUAUCACAGUCAGAAACAAGCUAUGUCUUUGUCUGUUGUCUGUAUAUUCUUGGUUAAUGAUUCUCGCAUUUAUUUUUAUACCAUAUUUAAAUGAAACACCUUUUACUCCAGAUGUAUUAAAGUUGAUCCCUUCUCUGUAAAUUUGUGAAUGUUUAUAUUGUUGUUUUAUCUUUCAUUAAAAGAUGCAUAAUCUC